AUGCCUCCGCAAGUAGACCCAAUUCCUAGCGGAGUUGUUUUCGAAUCGGACACGCAAACAGAUGAUCUUGGACUUGACAAGGAUGUAUCGGUACUGAAGAAAGCAACGCCCAAGAAACACGAACUAGUCUGGUUUAAUAUCAUCUGGUUCCUGUUCUUACACAUUAGCUCUCUUUACGGACUGUAUCUUGUGUUUACGUCCGCUAAAUGGCAAACUAAUGUUUUUGCAUUUGGCGUGCACUUGAUGUGUGCGAUAGGAAUCGGGGCUGGAUCUCACAGGCUAUGGACACAUAGAAGUUUCAAAGCUAGAACACCGCUGAGAAUCGUUUUGAUGAUUUGGCAAACAAUGGGCUUCCAGGACUGCAUCUUCGAAUGGGCUCGGGACCACAGGACGCACCACAAAUACGCAGACACCGAUGCUGACCCCCACAAUGCUGAGAGAGGCCUGUUCUUUUCACAUAUGGGAUGGCUCUGCUGCAAGAAGAGCCCUGAAGUUAUCGAAGGUGGCCGAAGAAUAGACUUGAGUGAUCUUUACGCUGAUCCCGUCGUUAUGUUUCAAAAGAAGCAUUAUAUGAAAAUGAUGCCGAUUCUAUGCUUCGUGCUACCUACAGUCAUUCCUGUGUACUUCUGGGACGAGACAUGGUUGAAUGCAUUCUUCAUUCCGACAAUAUUACGAUACACGUGCGGAAUUAACGUUGUGUGGAGCGUGAACAGUUUCGCUCAUACAUUCGGCUAUAGGCCUUAUGACAAGUCGUUGAACCCACGAGAGAAUAUCGGCGUAUGGAUGAUUUGCGUGGAAGGUUUUCACAACUACCAUCACACGUUCCCGUGGGACUACCGCGCGACUGAACACCCUUUGUACAACAUGUUGACGCCUACAAUCGUGUUUAUAGACGCGAUGGCCAUGAUCGGACAAGCAUACGACUUGAAAACCGUGCCUCAUGAUAUAAUAAAACAACGCACACAUAGAACUGGCGACGGGACACAUCAGCUAUGGGGCUGGGAUGAUCCAGAAUUCAAUGAAAAACUCAAAGAGAAAUAUUCGCGAGUCAGUUACGCAGAAAGAAAAUGUGGUUAGAAUCUAAGACUGCAAAAUAAUUUAUUUUAUUUUAAAAACUUGAUUGGCUAGAAUAUGGUGGAAAAAACAAGUUGUAAAUAAAAGUUUGAAAUCGUGUUUUUUGUUUGUUUAAAUAAGCAUGCCAUUAACU